AUGAGCGUACCAGCGGGUUAUAUGUUUAGGCCUACAGACCAAGAACUUGUUAUCGACUUUCUUAGGAAGAAGUCGAAGGGUGCAGAAGCCCUGCCUUGCAACGUCGUUUUCGAGCGCGAGAUUUAUGGGACUGGAAACAAAGCCCCGUGGCAGAUUUUCACCAAGAACGACCCGUGGGAAGAAGGCAGCGUCUACGUUCUCACCAAGUUGAUCAAGGCACGCAGCAGCGACAAACGGAUAGCUAGAACGGCCGGCUGUGGCUCGUGGCAUGGAGAGACCGGUCCUGAACCCAUAUACGACGAACAGACCGGUCCUGACGACGAACAGACCGAUCCUGAACUGAUAGGAUACAAGAGGAUGCUGCGUUUUCAGAUCACGAACGAAUUGGGAGUGAUGGACGAGAGCAUGGGAAAAGGCUUUUGGACCAUGCGUGAGUUCUCUUUGCAGCCGGAUGAUAGCUCAAGAGACACCAAGAUAGUAAAGUGCACCAAGAAAUCUACGAGGAAAGCAGAGAACGUUGAGGCUGUUGCUACUAGUGAUGCUGAUGUUAUAAUGGUCCGCAAACCCGCAAAGCAUGCUAGGAAGGAGGAGUUUCAUGAGCAAGAACAGAAGGUGGAAGCACUAGAAACAGAAAAUAUAGUUCCUUACUCGCAAGAACUUUUGGAAGCGGAGAAAGAAGGACAUUAUUCGCAGAUGCUUUCCGACGUGGAUGCGGAUCUUGAACAACUACGUCCUAUGUUGGAGUCGGAGCAGCUUGCAAGUAUCUGUCUUGAUUUUGAUGCGUCAGACCCCCGAACCCUAUCUUGGCUUCCCCCAACACCUUUCUCGGAAGAAUUUUCAAAAGCGGAGGAGUAA